AUUUCUAUGAGCUUAAUUUUCUAGGAGGUAAGAAGACAAACAACAAAAAUAAAUUUUGCAUUAAGAUCAAACAAUAACGAAAACUCUUACUAAGAGAACUUGAGAUUUGUGAAAAUUAUCAUGGACGAUUCAUUAUCAGGGGAGGGAUCUCGACAUGGUCAAGGUACAGAGUUUGUGCCAUUUCAAACAUGUCAAGAAUCAUUAGAGAUUCUUUUAUUACAUGGACAUUUAGACAUUUGGGUGAAAGAGGCAAAAAAACUCCCCAACAUGGAUCAAAUUCAUCGAACCAUGACCGGGUUAUUUGGUGGUUUAUCAAGGCUAAAAUCACAUGGAACGAGUGACCCAUACGUAAAUGUAUCCAUAGCCGGAGCCAUUAUAGCUCGAACAUUCGUUAUGGAAGAUAACGAAAACCCGGUAUGGAAACAACAUUUCUUUGUCCCUGUAGCACAUACAGCUUCAGAACUACAUUUUGUAGUAAAAGAUGAUGAUGUUGUUGGCUCUGAGAUCAUAGGUGUUGUUGGUAUACCUACUAAGAAACUUCUCUCGGGGAAAAAAAUCCAAGGGACGUUUCCUAUAAUGAAAGGUAGAGGAAAACCAUGGGAAACAGGUGCAAAUUUAAGUGUCUCAAUUCAAUACAUUCCUGUAGAAAAAAUGAACUUGUACCACUCAGGUGUUGGUAAUGGCCCAGAGUUUAAUGGUGUUCCUAGAACAUAUUUCCCCCUUCGAAAAGGGAAUAAGGUUACUCUAUACCAAGAUGCACAUUAUGAAGAUGGCAUGCUUCCAGAUAUUAAGCUUGAUUAUGGCAUGGACUUUGUUCAUAGGAAAUGUUGGCAUGAUAUAUACAAUUCUAUUUCGAAUGCUCGACAUUUGGUUUAUCUUACAGGGUGGUCUGUAGUUCACCUUGUCAGACUUGUUCGUGAUGAUCCGAACGUGUCGAAUGUUACAUUGGGAGAACUUCUCAAGGGUAAAGCACAAGAGGGUGUUAGAGUUUUGCUCCUUGUGUGGGAUGAUCCUACUUCUAGGAAAUUUUUUCAUCGUACUACAGAAGGCAUGUUAGCAACGGAUGAUGAAGUGACAUACAAAUAUUUCAAGGGCUCAUCAGUUCAUGUAGUACUUUGCCCAAGAUCUGGUGGAAAAGGGCAUAGUUUGAUUGGAAAACAGGAAGCUGGAGCAAUCUACACACAUCAUCAAAAAACAAUUAUCGUGGAUGCCGAUGCCGGUGACCAUAAGAGAAAGCUCAUUGCUUUCCUUGGAGGGCUCGACCUUUGUAAGGGGCGCUAUGAUACUCCAGACCACUCUCUUUACAGAACGUUACAUACCGUACAUGAGGAUGAUUAUCAUAACCCAAAUUUCACCGGUUCAACAACGGGAUGUCCUAGACAACCAUGGCAUGAUUUGCACUGUCAAAUCGACGGUCCAGCAGUGUAUGACAUCUUAGCCAAUUUUCAAGAGCGUUGGUUAAAGGCUUCACCUCGUGGGAUUAAGAAGCUUAAAAGGGUUUAUGAUGAUUAUCUUAUUCACAUAGACAAGGUUCCUACUAUAAUUGGGCAAUUAGAUGCUGAUCAAAGUUGUCAUAAUGAAGAAGAUGAUAUCGAGUCUUGGCAUGUUCAAGUCUUUCGCUCCUUAGACUCGAAUUCCGUGAAAGGGUUUCCGAAGGAUCCUAAAGACGGGGCACAAUGGAACCUAUUUUGUGGAAAAAAUGUAUUGAUAGACAUGAGCAUACAUACAGCAUAUGUACAUGCUAUUCGAUCUGCUCAACAUUUCAUCUACAUCGAGAAUCAAUAUUUUCUUGGCUCUUCUUUUAAUUGGGAUUCCCAUAGAGGCUUAGGUGCAAAUAAUUUGAUACCUAUUGAAAUUGCUCUUAAGAUUGCUGAAAAGAUUAAAGCAGAUGAAAGAUUUGCUGCAUAUGUUGUUCUUCCUAUGUGGCCAGAGGGUGAUCCAAAAAGUCUUGCCAUGCAAAGGAUACUUUUCUGGCAGUACAAGACAAUGCAAAUGAUGUAUCAAAUAAUUUAUAAGGCUUUGGUAGAAAAAGGUGUAGAGAAUACUUAUGAGCCUCAAGACUUCCUAAACUUCUUUUGCUUGGGAAAUCGUGAGAUUUCAGAUGAAGAUGCUAAUGGUGUAACGAAUGGAAGUGUUAAUACGCCACAAGCUUUUCUGAGGAAGAAUCGACGAUUUAUGAUAUAUGUUCAUUCAAAAGGAAUGAUAGUAGAUGACGAAUAUGUGAUAAUGGGUUCUGCAAACAUCAACCAAAGAUCAAUGGAAGGUACUCGAGACACUGAAAUUGCAAUGGGUGCUUAUCAACCUCAUUAUACUUGGGCAUCGAGAAAGUCCAGGCCACAUGGAGAGAUAUAUGGAUAUAGAAUGUCGCUUUGGGCAGAGCAUCUAGGAACGAUCGAUGGUUGCUUUAUGCGUCCUGAGAGUCUUGAAUGUGUACGACGAGUACGAAUAUUGGGAGAAUACAAUUGGAUACAAUUUGCUCUUGAUGAACUCACAGAAAUGAAAGGACAUCUUCUUAAGUACCCUUUGAAAGUUGAUAGAUACGGCAAAGUUAGUUCUCUUCCUGGGUCCGAGAAAUUUCCAGAUUUGGGUGGCAAAGUUAAAGGCACAUUUUCAGGAAUACAAGAAAACCUUACCAUUUGAUCAAAAUAUAUGGUCAACUCAUAAAUCAACUCCGUAUUAGAGUUAGUACAUACAUAGCCACUUCAUGUAUAUACCAUUUCACAUUUUUUGUUAGCCAUGCAUGAUCUUAUACCACAUUCAGAGGUGUAUAAAUUGACAAAAUAUUUUAGUUGAUUCAUCACAAUUAGAGGAAAAGUAAAAAUAUUACAUUAUUUUUUCACGUAAACAACAUACCUAUUAUAUAAUUCGAUCAAGUUUAUGAAACAUGAUGAUCAUUACAUAUA